CAGUAAUACCGCGGCUAUACUCGGUGAACAGUCACGACGUUUUCCUCGGUCUUUCGCGGGCAACAAAACCGCCGGUUUGGCGCCAGUUUUGAUAUAGGGAGCGCUCGAAAAGUUAAACACGACGCGUGAUUUUAAUUCUCUUCGACCAAUUCAUCAUGUCCGCCGCAAAAUCGGACGUCUGAAGAAAUUAGAAGGAUGCCGGCUGGUAUUUCGACUCUGGCGCCGUCGACGGAUGCGGAAUCUUUCGAUUAUGAAGCGAAGGAUCCGCCGGCCUUUACAAUCUUACAGAAGGAUGGCCUGGACUCGAGUUUGCCUCUUUUACACGUCAACGAAGACGAUGAGAUGAAUGCGUCGCAACUUAUCAACUUAGAAAACAUGAAGAACGCAAUGAAGAAUAACUUCUGUAAUCGCAGACGUAUCAGCAAAUCCAACGAACAUCUGGUCUUGGCUAGUCUACAAUCGAAUCAAGCCAAUCCUCUGAAGAAAAAACAUCAAAGUAGAAGUCAAGAUAGCUUAACAUUAGUUGAGGACAGACCACCUACGGUUAAACCUAGCAUUGUCUUAUCAACGGAAGAUUUCAAUGAGGUGUUGAACGCGAAAUUAAAAAAAAUCCAAGAGCAAGCCGAGGCCGAGCAAGGCCGCAAGUCGCUUAAGAAAUCGAUCCUACCGCAGAAGAAGCCCUUCAUCACGACCGUGAAGACGGGAGAAUUUCUAAUGCCGCCACCGGAAGUGGCGGCCUUGCUCGGCAUAGCGCCCAGCGGAAAGAACGAGGAGGAGGAGGCCGUAGACGGAUGUCCUCUGAAGAGCAGGUUCAAAUCAUUGGUAUCGUUAGCCAAGAGACCGGAGGUACGUCACAAUAGCCAUAAUGCCAGAUGUCCAGCCGCCCUAAAGGCCACCGUAGAUUUUUCCCUCGGCAUGAUGAACGCCACCACCAUCGCCACCGCCUCGACCUUGAACGAGCAGGCAAGAAGGUUCAAGAGGAGUGAACUGACCAGAUUCCCGCAGACGCCGCGAGCUUUACCAAAAAAGUUGGAACCGAUCGAGGGCAUGAUGAAUAUGCUGCCGAGACUUCGCGGCGAUCACUCAAUUCCCUUCGGGAAUAUUAUGUUUGACCGUCGAGUGGUUCGAGGAAGCACAUGCGCUUCCAUUCCUACUCUUAUCGAUAGGGAACAAUCGAUAGCAGCGAGACAAGCAGAAGCAAGACGAAGACAUUUGGCAAGGAAACGUGCUCAAAUGCAAACUUGCGGAGUCGUUAGACCGGGUUCGCCUCCUCCGGUUGCUGGAAGAAAACACGAACCGGUGCAAACGGAGAUUUUUCUCGAAGAGCUGAUAGAGAAACCAGACGAAUCCGAAGUAGCCACACAGACCGAUUACUUCUUGGAAAAACCAGUACUACCAAACUAUUAUCUAGGCGAAAUUGGUCAAGACGUUGGCACGCAAAUCGAACCCGGGGAACUCUUCGACUACGACACUGAAGUCCAACCGAUUUUGGAAGUGUUGGUAGGCAAGACUAUUGAACAAGCCCUAAUCGAAGUUCUGGAAGAAGAGGAAAUCUCUGCUCUUAAGGAGCAGCAGAGAAGAUUCCUCGAAUUGCGCAUGGCUGAGAAAGCUGAAGAGCAACGAUUAGCGGAAGAAGAUAGAAGACGUAGAGAGGAGAAGGAGCAACGCAUGAAGCAACAUGAAAAGGCGAUGAAAGCUCAAAAGGAGACUGAGGAACGAGUCGCGGCUGCAGUAUUGUUAACAGGAUAUAUUGCCGAACUUUUACCUGCGGUUCUAGAAGGUCUGAAGAUGUCUGGCUAUUUACUGGAUGAAAUUAAGGCUGAUGUCGAAGAAGGUUUCAUGCCGUGGUUAAUGAAAGAAGUCAAAAAAGAAAUGGGUAACAUGAUUGAAAGCAGAGAAUUGUUAAUGGAAAUAAUUAAAGAAAUCUUGGAGAACCGCGCGCAAACGUACAGGCAGCUUGGUGAAGAAUAUGAUAUUUCAAGAAAUAAGAAAUUAGCAAACGUAUAUAAUUUGGAAGGAGGUGAAACUGAUAGCGAUUUCGUGAAUUAUGAAUCACCCGCGCAACCGUACAUGCAGCUUGAUGAAGAAUACGAUAUUUCAAGAAAUAAGAAAUUAGCAAACGUAUAUAAUUUGGAAGGAGGUGAAACUGAUAGCGAUUUCGUGAAUUAUGAAUCACCCAUGGCAGAAAACGCAAUUUAGCAUGAUAAUUUGUUUUCAGAACAUUAAUGAUGUUAGAAAAUGAGCAAAACGUAGUUAACUUUUGGAUAACAGGAUUUACCUUAACCAGCACAAAAGCAAUAUCCGAAUCCGGUACCUUCUACAUUAAGCAGUAUACACAGCUGUGCAACAAAUCCAUCUCCUUCGUUUACACCCUCUGACAGGUCACCGCAGCGCUCGCGAUCCCUAUCGCAAACAGUAACGAGAAAGACCUAUCAGAAAUUAAUUAUCGAUUCUCGAAAUCAACGCGGUAUAAUCUCUCUCGCUGACAUAAAAAAGAUGCAAGAGAUAAAAAUAAGCUUUGUCAAAAUCAAUUUUUAUC